AAUCCAAAAUGCGAAAGGAAAAGCUGGUUUUGAUGGGGCGCUGAGUUCCUGUUUGUCUCACCACCUAAUUUCCAUGUAUUCACAAUGCUGCCUCCAUCCUCUCCCUGUCCGAGGGAAAUGAGAAAUAGAAGAUGACGAGAUAGGUAUUCCCAGAAUGAUGAGGUUCUCAGGGCGAAGUGCAGAGUUGGGAGCCAGGUGGGGAUUCCCUCAGAGGGCGGCACUGGGCAUGUCUGGGUUCCUGUGCUGGGUGGGCUGGCAGGAGGCUGGGGGAGGGCGCAGGGCCAAGAGCAUGGGGGAAGCUACCGGGAGCUGCGCCAAGGAAAUAGGGAGUCAGGAAGUGGGAAGGGGGAGUCCUGGGGGGAAUGGAGGCGGAAUGGCUGUUCCAGGCUUUAGAGGGGCGGAUAGUGGUAACUCAGGAAGGGGGAGCCUGAGAGAGAGUCGGGGUGUUAGAGAAGAGGAGGCACCACCCUGGACCCUCCUGGGAAAGGAAUCGUUAACCCUCCUGCCUGCCAUGCCCUCUGCCUGCUCCAGGUGCCCAUUUGAGCCUGACCCGCCCUACCUUUGGGCAGUACACUCCCUGAUCACUGCCCCCUGCACUCUCCCCUGCUGCUCAGCUCUUGUCCUGACAGUGUUGAGCUAGUUUCUUUGUUCACCCUCUUGAGGCUUCCAUGCCUGUUCCCCGCUGUCUCUCCUCAACCCUGGAAACCAGCCUCGAGGGGCAGAGGGCAGCCUGGGGGAGCCCUGAGAAAAGGAAGGCCAUGCCAGAAUUCUACUGGGACGUUAGUCCUUUCUGUGCGUGUAGGGCAGGCCCUUUCCCUGGCUCCCUACCUCUCGGGGGACUCCGUCCACCAAAUAGGGAGACAGCCGAGAGCUGACUGUGGGGUUUGGGAAAAGGCCAUGUCAUCAGCUGGCCCAUUGCCUAUGACCCUCCAUUUGGCUGCUAGAGGACACCCCCCCCCCAAGCAAGUCCCAUUUUUCUCAAAGGAAAAAAAAACCUAGGAUUUUGGGGAAAAAAUGAGACACCCAUCUGAGUCCUACCAACAGAGCUGCUGGCUGAAUGGCUUCCUGCUCAGCCAAUCACAGAGCCUCAGGAUGCUUAAAAGAGCUGGCGGGGGGAGAGAGUGUGGGAAGAACCCAGAGGGAAACCCGCAGACACAUGGACAGGGGAGAGACAGCAGGAGAGACACAGAGACAAAGGCACAGAGGAGAAGCCAGGGUCUGAGAGCAUACAGAGGGGGAGGCCAGAGAAGCUGCAGGAGACCAGGAAGGAUUAGGGAGGAGCCAGGCCACUGUGGACACCUUUCCCAAGCCAAGGGCUAAGUCCUCCCUAUCUUCUCUGAAGGUCCCCAGCCCCCCUGCCAACUCUGACCCUGACCCUGGCGCUAGGCUGAGCCCCAUGCUGCGGAGCUUUCCAAAGCCAGGGCGUGAAGGACUUGGCGCCCGGACGGCCUCAGUUCCUCCCAGCGGUAGCAGCCGUGCCAUGUCCCGGACAGACCGGUGUCCCAGGAGAAGCUUGGUGGGCUGCAGGCUGUGGGGAGGCCGCCCCGGUCCGCAGCUCCCCACGCUGCCUGCCAUCUCUGGGCUGGUGCUGCUACUUCUGCGGGUCUCCCUCCUGCCCUCAGCCCAGUCAGCCGGCCCCCUCCCCCGGGAAGAGGAGGAGAUCGUGUUUCCAGAGAAGCUCAACGGCAGCGUCCCGCCUGGCUUGGGCAUCCCUGCCAGGCUGUUGUGCCGCUUGCCCGCCUUUGGGGACACGCUGCUGCUAGAGCUGGAGCAAGACCCAGGCGUGCGGGUCGAGGGGCUGACGGUGCAGUACCUGGGCCAGGCACCUGAGGGUCUGGGCGGGGCCGAGGCUGGGACCGACCUCACCGGCACCUACCUCACCGGCACCGUCAACGCAGACCCGGAGUCGGUGGCGUCUCUGCACUGGGACGGAGGGGCCCUGUUAGGGGUGCUGCAGUAUCGGGGGACCGAACUCCACAUCCAGCCCCUGGAGGCAGGCACCCCUAACUCCGCUGGGGGGCCUGGGGCUCACAUCCUACGCCGGAAGCGUCCUGUCAGCGGCCAGGGCCCCAUGUGCAGCGUCAAGGCUCCUCCUGGGGACCCCAGCCCCAGCCCCCGCAGAGCCAAGCGCUUUGCUUCCCUAAGUAGAUUUGUGGAGACUCUGGUGGUGGCCGAUGACAAGAUGGCUGCAUUCCACGGUGCAGGGCUAAAGCGCUACGUGCUAACAGUUAUGGCAGCCGCCGCCAAGGCCUUCAAGCACCCAAGCAUCCACAACCCUGUCAGCUUGGUGGUGACUCGGCUGGUGAUUCUGGGGCCCGGCGAGGAAGGGCCCCAAGUGGGACCGAGUGCUGCCCAGACGCUGCGCAGCUUCUGUGCCUGGCAACAAGGACUCAACAGCCCUGAGGACUCGGACCCUGAGCACUUUGACACAGCCAUUCUGUUUACUCGUCAGGACCUGUGUGGGGUGUCUACCUGUGACACUCUGGGCAUGGCUGAUGUGGGCACCGUGUGUGACCCGGCUCGGAGCUGUGCUGUCGUGGAGGAUGACGGACUCCAGUCGGCCUUCACUGCUGCUCACGAGCUGGGCCACGUCUUCAACAUGCUCCAUGACAACUCAAAGCCGUGUGCCGGUCUGAACGGGCCUGGGAGCACCUCCCGCCACGUCAUGGCUCCUGUGAUGGCUCACGUGGACCCGGAGGAGCCCUGGUCCCCCUGCAGUGCCCGCUUCGUCACUGACUUCCUGGACAACGGCUAUGGGCACUGUCUCUUAGACAAGCCAGAGGCCCCCCUGCAUCUGCCCAUGACUUUCCCUGGUAAAGACUAUGACGCUGACCGCCAGUGCCAGCUGACCUUUGGGCCUGACUCACACCACUGUCCUCAGCUGCCACCGCCCUGUGCUGCCCUCUGGUGCUCUGGCCAUCUCAAUGGCCACGCCAUGUGCCAGACCAAGCAUUCGCCCUGGGCCGAUGGCACCCCCUGCGGGCCCUCGCAGGCCUGCAUGGGGGGCCGCUGCCUCCACCUGGACCAGCUCCAGGACUUCCAGGUCCCACAGGCUGGUGGCUGGGGUCCCUGGGGACCAUGGGGCGCCUGCUCUCGGAGCUGCGGGGGCGGUGUCCACUUCUCCUCCCGGGACUGCACUCGGCCCGUGCCCCGGAACGGGGGCAAGUACUGUGAAGGCCGCCGUACCCGCUUCCGCUCCUGUAGCACCCAGGUCUGCCCUACUGGCUCAGCACUGACCUUCCGUGAAGAGCAGUGUGCUGCCUACAACCACCGCACUGACCUCUUCAAGAGCUUCCCAGGGCCCAUGGACUGGGUCCCUCGCUACACGGGUGUGGCCGCCCAGGACCAGUGCAAACUCACCUGCCAGGCCCGGGCACUGGGUUACUACUAUGUGCUGGAGCCGCGGGUGGUAGAUGGGACCCCCUGUUCCCCGGACAGCUCCUCGGUCUGUGUCCAGGGCCGUUGCAUCCAUGCCGGCUGUGACCGCAUCAUUGGCUCCAAAAAGAAGUUUGACAAGUGCAUGGUGUGCGGUGGGGAUGGUUCUGGCUGCAGCAAGCAGUCUGGCUCCUUCAGAAAAUUCAGGUAUGGCUACAACAAUGUGGUCACCAUCCCAGCGGGGGCCACCCACAUCCUGGUACGGCAGCAGGCGGCCCCUGGGCUCCGCCGCCUCUACCUGGCCCUGAAGCUUCCAGAUGGCUCCUAUGCCCUCAACGGGGAAUACACGCUGGUGCCCUCCCCCGCCGACGUGCUGCUGCCUGGGACCGUCAUCCUGCGCUACAGCGGGGCCACUGCAGCCUCUGAGACGCUGGCAGGCCACGGGCCGCUGGCCGAGCCCCUGACGCUGCAGGUGCUGGUGGCCGGCCACCCCCAGGGCGCUCGCCUCCGAUACAGCUUCUUCGUGCCCCGGCCCACCCCCGCGCCCGUGCGGCCCUCUCCCCAGGACUGGCUGCACCGCAAGGCGCAGAUUCUGGAGGUCCUCCGGCGGCGCCCCUGGGCAGGCAGGAAAUAACCUCACCGGCCCGGCUGCCCUCCCUGGGCACCGGGGCCUGGACUUAGCUGGGACAGUGAGGGGCUUUGCGGAGCCUCACCAGAGACCCAGUGGGGGAGGGGCGAGCCCGCCCGCUGCCCUGCGCAGGCUGGCCUGCCUGGUCCUGCCCUGGACGGCAGCGACAUGGAUGGAGCGGCCUGGGCGACAGUCCUCCGUGCACAUCACCCCUCUGCCCUGCUGGUCAGAGGAGGGAGGGGAAGGCAGGGUGGGUCCCACUUGUAUUUAUUUAGUAUUUAUUCACUUUUAUUUAGCACGGGGGAACGGGGUGAGGGCUGGGUCCUGGGGAAUCUGACCCCUACCUCUCAUUGCCCUUCCCCCGGCCAGGGAACCAGGGUGAAGGUAUUGUCCUGAGUGGUGUGUGUGUGUGUGUGUGUGUGUGUGUGUGUGUGUGUGUGAGAGAGAGAGAGAGAGAGAGAGACAACACGUGUGUGCCUUUAUGCGCGAGGUACACCUGGCCCUGCUUUCCUCUCCCUGGCUCCUAUUUCUGGGAACAGAUGAGCCAAGGGUAGGGCAGGUCUUCAGGGAAUAAGGGAUUAUCAUGUUUUAAAUGUAAAUUGAAUUCUGCUAUUUAUGUGCUCCUUCUGGAGUCAGACAGAUGCGGGCUGCACCGGCUCUGAACGUUAGUUUCCUCCAUUGCCAAUAAUAAUACCUCCCUUGGAGAUGUGUUGUGAGGGUUAAAUGAUGUAAAUAAAGACCUAGCAUGGUGCCCAGCCCCUGGUAAGUGCCAAGCAAAUGGCAGCUGCCGCCAGUGAUUACAUUACCUUUCUGUCACCUCCAUGUCGAUGGGGCUGCCAUGCAUGUGAACGUGGCAAACCUCCACGGUGUGAGCGGAGCCUGCCCCUGCCACCAGCUCAGCUCUUCUGGUUGGCAAAACCCUACUCUGGAUUCUGAGGGACUGUCAGAGAAAGGACAGUUCUGUCCCUGAUCUCUGGAGGUUCCCAACCAUUAUUUCAUUCAUGGAGAUGAAAUAAUCCCUCGGCUCUUAGCACACUGCCAACACCAUGAAGGUGCAAAGAUGACACUCCUUCCACACAAACACGCACUCAGGAGUGAGCUGCUAACUGGGGUCUGAGGGACCUGCUGAGCUAGAGGAGCUCUGGAGUGGGGCCCCCCGGGUCUGACUUGGACCAGGGCCAUCUUGUCAGCUGUAGAACUGGGCAAGUCGCUGAUGCCAAGCAAGGGGCCUGAUGAGACCUGUUCCCACAGAAUGCCCCGGAGACAAAUGUUACAGUAUUUUCAAAGAGGAA